AUGUGGAGGAAAUUCGGAAAGACUCGGAUUUCCGAUUUGUUCCGAAAAAAAGGCCGGACGUGACGUCACCUCGGUUCCGCAGUGGGUUUUUUUCCCCAGCAAAAUGGCGUCUGUGACAACAGCCACAUCUGAGUGGAUCCAGUUCUUCAAAGAUGCAGGGAUCCCCCCGGGUAUGGCUGCCACCUACGCCAUCUCAUUUGUAGACAACAGAAUUCAGAAAACCAUGCUGAUGGACCUCAGUAAAGACAUCAUGAUGGACUUGGGGAUCACGGUCAUCGGGGACAUCAUCGCCAUUCUCAAACAUGCCAAGCACGUGUACAGACAGGACAUGUGCAAAAUGGCAACUGAAGCUAUUUCUUCUGGCCAGACCAGCGUUCAGGCUGAGCUGAGGCGCACAGCCAAUACCCCCGCCACCCGGAUGAUCGCCAACGCCUUGAGCCGAGACUCCCCACCGAGCACGCCUGCGCGUCGCCCUGACAACCGUCUCUCUGUGACCAUCUCCAACAAGAGCUCCAAAAUAGUUGCCAGUCAGCCUUCCGCUGAGGCGAACGGUUUACCUGUGAAACGGCGGCGAGUGACUUCUGAGAUGGAAGGGAAGUACAAGAUCAACAUGCCAAAAGGAUCCACCGCCCGAAGCCGACGCAUUCUGGCCCAGCAGGCUAAGAAAGUUACAGCCAAGAGUUUGAAUCGCACUUCUGUGUUUGAGAGACUGGGCUCAGAAUCUAAGACAGACACAGCAACGGCAAAUCAGGUGAAGCAGGUAACAGGUGUGUUCAGCCGUCUGGGCAAAGUGGACGAAGAUGACGAUGCAGAGAGGGACAUUGUAGACGGGGCUACUGCUAACAAAGAUGAGGACAGCGAUGGCGAUGGCUCUGUGCUUCAGUAUGCUGGCGUCCUUAAACGCCCCCUACCGCCUUCCAAAAAAGAGCCCGUCAUGCAAAAAGCUAAACCAGUCACUCUGUAUCGCCUGGGCAACAAACCUAAACUCCCUAUGUCAGAAAGCACUCCUUCUAUCGUCCCCACCUCUACAUCAUCCAGCCAGGAGGGGGCGCCCAAACGGAGAAUACUGCGGAGGUUGGGUAAAGCUCCCACAGCCAGCCCUGUCCCUGCAUCCACUUCCAGCUUACGAUCUAACCAAUCAACAGAGACUCAGGAUAGUCAGGUGACCAGCAGCAGGAGCAAGGCGAGUUUUGCUCUGGCUAGCCCUAAAGUCAGCAGCAGCACAGGGACAGGCAGGGACUCUCACGGGGCUCAGAUGGACGCUACCACAGUCAGCGUGUUCAAAAGACUCGGUGCCAAGAACAUCUAAUACAAACAAACCUCCUCAACACUCCUUUCUUAUGGAUUCCUUAUUUCCAAAUUCCCACAUUCAGGGUUAAGGAUUAAAGAGUAGAAGACUACGUGCCCCUAUGGUGCAUAUAGGAAUGAUCACAUGCACCAGUAACAUACAUCUCCCUAUAUAGAUAUAUAUAUGUGUCUAAAAUACCUACACUUUCUGGUUUCUAUGGCAGUUUUGUACAGCAAGGCAGUUAGGUAUUUGCUGAUAUCCUCUAAACACAUUUCGCAAUAUGACUACGUUGUAUUUAAGAGAUUUUUACUGCCAUCUUUACACAUUUAGCAGCAACGUGAUUUCUCCAAAACAAGGCAAUUGGGAAGGCCUUGUAUUUUAUACUGCUGGCUGUUGUGUGUACUGAAGAUUCACCCGUUUCACAUCAACAUGCAUCGCUUGUAAAAACAAGACAAGACUGAUUUCCCUUCUUCUUACUUGGUUGUCCACCAGUUUGCCCUUUUUCAUACUGUGUAGAUGUUAAAGACUUGUAAUAUGAUGUAAAGACAUGCACACCGUACCUCCAGUGUCUGUCAAAACACUCCCUGACCUUCUUCUGAGUUAAGCCAUGUUUAGUGUUACCUAGAUGUAAUGAGUGAGCAAAGUGUCCUCGCUCCCUGCUGGGAAAUAGGAUGACGUUGCUAUGCAACACACAUGGUGAUGGACCCUAGAGUGAUGUUGUUUUUCACCUCUGUUUGAGGCCACCGUUAAAAUAAUACUAAUAAUCAACUCGUGGGUUUGGAUUUACACCAGCAGGUGCCGACCACAUUGUUGUUCCCUGUAAUUCACAUUUCUUUACCUGGCCUCUGACAUCAAGUCAGACUAUUUUUAUAUAUUAAUAAUUAUUUUAUGUUUAAGGUGUUUUGUCUUUACAUGUUUUAAAUGGGGCAAAGAUGAAGUUUUAUUUUAUAAAAUGGUUGUAUUUGCAAGUGAGUUACCAUAAACUGGGGGAAAAAAGCUUGCUGUCUGCUUUAAGUCUUUCGUUUCAAAUGUGGUUACAUUUUAAAAAAUUUUAAAUAUGCCUCAUGGACUUUUCUAGCUGCUGUCAGGAAAAGUAAAAAAUAUGACAUUAAUAAAUCAGUCUGUUAAUGAAGACCUGUGAUUUAACUUGAAGAAAAAGGAGCUAUUGUUAUAGCAAAUGCAAUUAAAUUGAAGAAUGGUAUAACACGUCCUGAAUUUACAACUGGAUAGAAUGUACAAUAUAAGGCCAGAUGUUUGUGGACAUAAUACCAUCACACUCAUGUGUGCUUCUUGAAGAUUCUGUUCCAGAUAGAGGUUAUAAUAACCUCAACUGUCCUGGGAAGGGUUUCCAAGGGUACUACUUUGUCUUUUUAGCUACAAGACCAUUAGUAAGUUUAGGCACCGGUGUUGGGUGAGGAGUCCUGGCGUGCAGUCUGUGUUCUAAUUCAUCCCAAAGGUGUUCAGUGGGGUUGAGCUCAGGGCUUUGUGCAGGACACCCAAGUUCUUCCAUUCCACCCUUGGCAAACCAUUUGCUUUGUGCACAGAGGCAUUGUCAUUCAUACAUAUGUCAAAUGUAUUGGAACAGCAAAGCCAGUUGGUUUGCAGUUAAACAAUAAAUGAAACAAAGGAUCAAUAUGAAAUAUUUAAUUUUCUGAUAUUAACAUAUGGAUGUAGUAAUCAGCUUGGAUUAAUGAAACUUUUUAUUUGACACGCCUGGUUUUCAAGUGAUCAAAAAUAUUGGGACUGAGGGGAACGUGACCAGAGCCAACGAUUAAACCGUUUGGAAUUUCUUCAAACAUCAAUGGUGUAUUAACAACCAGACAUCGACCAGAACAGCCAAGGAAAACAGCAGCAGUUGGCACAUAGAG